UUUUACAAGCAAAUAAAUUAUUUCAAAAGUGAAUUUAAAAAUUCCCCCAAACACAUCUGAGUCAAGCAGUCCCUCAUCUCUCUCAGACUUGGCAUACAAUUCCAAACUGAUAGUCCUUUCUGUACAAUCAACAGGUAACAUAACUGAUGAAUAAAUGAGCAUUACUGGAUGAUGACCCAGCAUGCUUAGCACUCCAUAUCUGUGGGCUUCUUUCUUCAGAACAUAGACAAACAGUGAGACAAACUAAUUAUAUCAGGUGUUGGUGCCAAAAGACAAUUUCAUUAUUUUUUUAAACAUCCCAGUAUAAAUUGACAAGAUACUCCACAUUGUUCAUCUUAACGCAUGCAAAAAACUGCUCUUCUGAUAUCCUUCUUUACAGUAUCGUUUUGGCCACUCAUUAUAUACAGAGACUGAACAUGCCAACGUCAGACAAACUUAUUCUUCUUUUGAAUAAGACCAUGCAAGUGUGUCUAUGAUUGAAGAUUUCUUUGUCAGCACUGUCUGCUCAUGAAGUUUUAAAAAAACUUCUCAUCAUCUAAGCGUACCCAUAGUUGAGGCAACCAUGACAUAAAAAAUGUCAAUUGAGCAAAUCAUGUCAAACAGUUCAAUAUGAAAAGGGACAAUUGCAUAUGCGUGUGAUAAUAGGGAAGUGACACUGGGGAAACAGUCUAAGGUCAGGCACCUGGAACUUUCAUCUCUCAUUGAUUUUUGCAACUCAAAGAAAUCUCUUGCAGGCAUCAUGUUUUUGUAUCUGAUGUGUGUUGCACUGCAAGGACUUUUCUACUGUCCUUAUAAAAGUGCGGCUAUCACUUCGUACCCCAAAACUCUGCCAUGCGAUGUGAGUGAGGUCGACAAUGGGAGCGUGGUGCUCGUGGACUGCAGCGCAAGAGACCUCAAAGACGUUCCGUAUGGCAUUCCAAGAGACACAACCAACCUGACGCUCACCAUCAACCAUAUUCCCAAAUUGAACGCCACCUCCUUUGGCAACUUAGAGAACCUGACUGAACUUAACAUGAAGUGCAACUGCGUGCCCAUUAAAAUCGGAUCCAAAGACCACAUCUGCACCAAGAGUUUGAUGAUAGAGGAAAAUACGUUUGGUAGCCUUAAGAAACUACGAGCACUCUAUUUAGAUGGAAACCAACUUAGCAGCAUACCUAAAGGACUGCCUUCCAAUCUUAUCCUGUUGAGCUUAGAAGUCAAUCACAUCUAUCAAAUUUCUCACAAAAAUUUGUCUACAAUCAAAAGUGUCGAAAAGCUCUACCUUGGUCAAAACUGCUACUAUCGAAAUCCAUGCAACGUUUCCUAUCAAAUCGAAGAUGGCGCCUUUUCACAGCUUCACAAUUUAACUCUGUUGUCUCUGAAGUCAAACAAUUUAUCUUUUAUUCCACAUGAACUGCCUACAAGUCUGAAGGAGUUGUAUCUAUACAACAAUAACAUUGAGGAGGUCACGGACAAUGAUUUAAAAAACCUAACGAACUUGGAGAUUCUUGAGUUAAGUGGAAACUGUCCACGGUGUUACAAUGUUCCUUUCCCAUGCACCCCUUGCCCGAAUGAGUCCCCGCUUCGAAUUAGCAGGUCAGCUUUUAGAAUGUUGACUAAACUAAGGGUUCUCCGUCUGCACAGUAACUCUUUGAGAACUGUGAUGGCUGAAUGGUUCCAGGGUACAAGAGAGCUGAGAGUCCUUGAUCUUUCGUCAAACAUUUUAGCCGGGGAUAUAGGAAUUACAGAGUUCCCACAUUUUCUGAGCAAACUGGAAAUACUGGACCUUUCCUUUAACUAUGAACUACAGCGAUAUCCCCAAACUCUAACUUUGAGCAAACAUUUUUCCAAGCUCAAGUCCCUUAAGGCCCUUCAUAUAAAAGGCUUUGUCUUUCAGCAUCUGAAACUCGAGAGCAUUGCUCCAUUAAAGCCUCUGCUAAAUUUAGAAGUCAUAGACUUGGGUACAAACUUUAUUAAAAUGGCAAACCUUAGUAUUUUAAUGGGUUUGCCAAGUUAUAAAAUGGUCAGUCUCUCUGACAACAAAAUAUCGGCCUCACCUGAAGGGCAAAAUGAUAUUGAAGGAGAGGGGAGGCCAUUGCUCUGGUCUCACAUGCUUUUUGACUACCAAAAUAAGGAACUGCGAGAAAUGCAGUACUUCCGAUAUGAUGAAGAAGCGCGCAGCUGCAGAUAUAAAGAUAAAGAAUUUGGAGUUGCUAAAUCAUUUGCCCAAAGGGAAUGCACUAAGUUUGGAAAAACCCUGGAUAUAAGCAGGAAUAACAUUUUCUUUUUGCAUGCAUCAUUUUUAAAUCUAUCCGAGCUGCGGUGCCUUAAUCUGUCAGGAAAUGCAAUGAGCCAAAGUCUGAAUGGUUCAGAAUUUAGCUACCUGACUCAUUUACAAUAUUUAGACUUCUCAUUUAAUCGUCUAGACUUGCACUACGCAACUGCCUUUCAAGAGCUGAAAAAUCUCGUAAUCCUUGAUAUCAGCUACAACGACCAUUAUUUUGAAUCCGAGGGCCUCACUCACAUGCUGAACUUCACAAAGAACCUGAAGAAACUCAAGACACUUCGCAUGAACCACAACAAGAUUUCUACUUCGACAAACACUGAGAUGGAGAGUGACUCUUUGGAGAGACUUGAAUUCAGAAAUAACCGACUGGAUAUGUUGUGGAGAGACGGGGACACCAGAUUUGUCAAUUACUUUAAGAAACUGUUUAACCUGAAGGUACUUGACAUCUCUCAGAACAACCUCAAUUUUAUCCCACAUCAAGUGUUCAGCGGUCUGCCAGACAAGUUGUCUGAGCUCUACAUAAAAAACAACAGAUUGAAAUUGUUUCCAUGGUCAAAACUAAAACUUUUACCAUCACUGCAAGUCUUGGAUCUUAGUGGCAACAGUUUAUCCACUGUUCCAAGCAUCCUCUCAAAGUGUACCAAAUCUCUCAAGAAGCUCAUCUUGCAGCAAAACCAAAUCCUGACCCUCACCCCACAUUUCCUCCAGGAUGCGCAUAACUUCACAUAUUUGGAUGUUAGUUUUAAUCACAUACGAACCAUUGAGAAAUCUAGCUUUCCAGAUGAUGUUGUCAAUCAAAUGGAAAAACUACUUUUGCACAAAAACGAUUUUGUGUGCUCGUGCAACGUUACUUCUUUUGUCACGUGGCUCAACAGCACCAAGGUGCCCAUCCCCAAACUGGCCACGGAUGUGACCUGUGCCUCCCCAGAGACACAACGAGGUCAUGCCGUGAUCUCGGUUGACCUCCUGGGUUGUCAACACAAUGACUUGUCAAUCAUUCUCUACAUGGUCAACGCUUCUCUGGUCCUGAGCUUCCUCAUCCUGUGCAUCUCCAGUCAUCUCUUCCUGUGGGAUGUCUGGUACAUCUACCACUUCUGCCAGGCCAAGCUCAAGGGCUAUGGUCGCUUAUACUCCCAGACUGCUCUCUAUGACGCCUUUGUAUUGUAUGACAAAGAAGAUCCUGCCGUGUUGGAGUGGCUUACAAAGGAAAUGUGUGUCCAUCUGGAGGAACGAGGAGAUCGCCGGCUAACUUUGUGUCUGGAGGAGCGAGACUGGAUUCCUGGCUAUCCGCUGAUCGACAACCUCUCCCAGAGCAUCCACAAGAGCAAGAGGACGGUGUUCAUUCUCACCAAUAAAUACAUUAAAAGCGGAAACUUCAAGACUGCUUUCUACAUGGCCCACCAAAGGUUAAUGGAUGAAAAAAAUGACGUUAUCGUGCUGAUCCUCUUGGAGAAAGUGCCUUGCAAUUCCAAGUACCUCAGACUGCGGAAAAGGCUGUAUAAACGCUCCAUUCUCGAGUGGCCAACAAACCCUCAAGCUCAGCCAUACUUCUGGUUCAGCGUGAAAAGCGUUUUAGCCACUGAAAGCCACAAGCAAUACAACAACCUCUUUAAGGAGACACUGUAAAAU